UAUUUUCGUUUUCUAGCUCAUGGUAUUGAAUUUAAAUGGUCAUGGAUGAGGCUGCUUUGUCACUUGGAGCAAUUGAUGUUUCCUAUUCAUCAUCUUCAGCAGAAUGCACUUUUUCAAGGUGUAAGCACUCCAAUGAAGAAUGGGGAGAAUGCAAUUCUAGGCCCACUGUCUUCCGAUCAGCCACUUUAAAAUGGAAAGAGAACAUACUGGGCAGGAAUAGGCCAUUCGUGGGACGCUGUUGCUAUGUAUGCACUCCUCAAAGCCGGGACAAGCUUUUUAAUGCUAGUAUCCCUUCUUUGGGCCUUCGUAAUGUCAUAUAUAUUAAUGAAACUCAUACACGGUACAGAGGUUGGCUUGCCAGGCGGCUCUGUUAUGUUCUUUUUGUGCAAGAACGGGAUGUUCAUAAGGAUAUGUUUGCUACGAAUGUGACAGAAAGUGUGUUGAGCAGUAUCAGAGUACAGGAUGCUAUUGUAGAAGAGGCUUCGGAAACGUCUGCUGUGGGUGGUUCUGGUCAGGUGGACCCUAGAAAUACCAGCAAAGUCAAGAAGAAAGCUAGAAGGAUCCUUCAGGAAAUGGUAGCAAAUGUUUCACCUUCUUUGGUCAGGUUAACUGGAUGGGUGUUGCUGAAAUUAUUUAACAGCUUUUUUUGGAAUAUCCAGAUUCACAAAGGCCAAUUGGAGAUGGUGAAAGCAGCAACUGAGCUGAAUUUGCCUCUUGUCUUCCUACCUGUUCACAAAUCUCACAUUGACUACCUGCUUCUCACAUUCAUUCUCUUCUGCCAUAACAUCAAAGCGCCCUACAUUGCAGCAGGGAAUAACCUCAAUAUUCCGAUUUUCAGCACCUUGAUCCGCAAGCUUGGAGGAUUUUUUAUACGGAGAAAGUUAGAUGAAAGGCCCGAUGGCCGUAAAGAUAUUUUGUACAGAACCUUACUAUAUGUGCACGUUCAAGAGUUGCUUCGACAGCAGCAGUUCUUAGAGAUAUUUCUGGAGGGCACACGGUCCCGGAGUGGGAAGAUAGCUUGUGCGAGAGCAGGUCUCUUAUCAGUGGUGGUGGAUGCUCUCUAUGCAAAUGCUACUCCUGACGUACUAAUCAUACCCGUGGGAAUAUCCUAUGAUAGAAUCAUUGAAGGUCACUACAAUAGUGAACAGUUGGGAAAACCCAAGAAGAAUGAAAGCCUUUGGAGUGUAACCAGGGGAGUCUUCCGAAUGCUGCGGAAGAAUUAUGGCUGUGUUCGAGUAGAUUUUGCACAGCCAUUUUCUUUAAAAGAGUAUUUAGAUGGCCAAAGCCAGAAACCUGUACCUGCCCCUCUUUCUUUGGAGCAAACUCUUUUACCGGCUGUAUUACCUUCAAGGUCUAAUUGCACAGUAGAAGAAGGUACAGAAGCUGCCCUUCCUGAUUCCAGGGAUUUAUCCUCUGAGCCAUUGAGAAGACAGUUAAUAGCUAAUUUGGCAGAGCACAUAAUGUUCACUGCUAACAAGUCAUGUGCUGUGAUGUCAACACACAUUGUUGCCUGUUUGCUGCUCUACCGUCACAGGCAGGGAAUUGAUCUUUCUAAGCUGGUGGAGGAUUUUUUCUCUAUGAAGGAAGAGGUCCUGGCUCGGGACUAUGACUUGGGAUUUUCAGGGAAUUCUGAAGAUGUUGUCAUGCAUGCUAUCCAUUUGCUGGGGAACUGUAUAACUAUCACCAACACCAGCCGGAAUAAUGAGUUCUUCAUCACUCCUAGCACAUCUGUUCCUACUGUCUUUGAACUCAACUUUUACAGCAACGGGGUACUACAUGUCUUCUUCAAAGAGGCUGUCAUUGCUUGCAGUCUCCAUGCCAUACAGAAUAAAAGGCAUAGAAAUGCCAUCAAUGGGAUCCCAGCUAAUAUGAUUAGUCAGGAACAACUGGUCCGCAAAGCUGCCAGCCUGUCUUAUUUGCUUUCUAAUGAAGGCACUGUUUCGUUGCCCUGCCAGCUGUUAUGUCAAAUGUGCCAUGAAGCAAUUGAACAGUUCAUACAAUAUGGAAUUCUUUUGGUAGCAGAGCAGGAUGAACAGGAGGAUAUUAGUCCCGGCCUUACAGAGCAGCACUGGGAAAAGAAACUCCCAGAGCCAUUGUCUUGGAGGAGUGAUGGGGAGGAUGAAGACAGUGACUUUGGCGAAGAGCAGCGAGAUUGCUAUCUGAAGGUGAGCCGGUCACAGGAACACCAGCAGUACAUUACCUUCCUGCAGAAGCUACUAGGACCCUUACUGGAGGCAUACAGCUCUGCCGCCAUCUUCAUCCAUAAUUUCAGUGGUCCUGUCAGAGAAUCCGAAUAUCUUCAGAAAUUACACAAAUACUUAAUAACGAGAACAGAAAAGAACGUUGCAGUGUAUGCUGAGAGCGCCACCUAUUGCCUUGCGAAAAAUGCAGUAAAAGUCUUUAAGGACAUGGGGGUGUUUAAGGAGACAAAGCAGAAGAGAGAGACAAUUUUGGAACUAAGCAGCACUUUUCUACCUCACUGUAAUCGGCAAAAACUACUGGAAUUCAUUCUGAGUUUUGUUAUACUGUAGAACGCACCGGUUGACUUCUGCCAGCAAGAAGUUGGUAGACUUGGAGAGUGUGACACAAAGCUUCAGGGCUUUUUUGCUGCUUCCAUAGUGUGUGUAUAGUGCCAUUUUUGAUAAGGCCUUAUCUGCCCCAAGCCACUGGAAGACAAGUGCCUUCUUACAUAUACAUGUCUGGAACUGUAAGAUUUGGUAACCCAGUCAAACACUUAUAACAUUUUGGAUGCAAGUGAUAAGCCAUGUUUGCUCAACAAACAAAACACCUAGUUUUUACGUGAUCCUGUAUCAAGUGUUACAUUUUUACACUGCAAUGUGUUACAUUUACUUCAAGACUAAUGACUGUGACAAAUGCACAAACUUAUUUACCAGCAACAUGUCAUUUUAAUAUUGCAGAUCUGAAUAACCUAAUAUUAUUCAGAAUAAUAUGCAAACUGCAAAAGCCUUGUCAGCUCAUUCUGUUCACUACUGCAAAGAAAUGGUUUUUGGGAGAACUGAAUGCAGUGGGGGGGGGGGGGGAAGGGCAUUAAAUCUUUUGUUCUACUGCUUACUAUGAAAAAUACUAAAUUAAAAUAGUAGAGUAAAAGCCAGUAUAUUAUUAAGGAUCUGCUGAAUAGCAACCACGCAUAAUACACUUGCAGUGGCAGAAUGAGAGGAUUAAGACCUACUGGUUUUUCUCUCCAUUAAGUAUGGCUAACUAACAUAUUAGUGUGUUAAACAUCUGGACCAUUUGCAUUUUGCACUAAAACUGCUAAGACACUUAUUUGCCUUUGAACAGGAACAUUGGGAUCCAUUUGCUACUUGCUAUCAUUUUGUUCACUAAAAUGAUUAUAGCUUAAGCUCUGUAAAUUUCUCAAAUAACAUUGAAGUGUUUCAUAAGGGAAUUAGUUCAUGCUAAACUUGAUUAAAUUUUGAUGAAGCAUAAAGUAUGAUAACAUUUAGGAUUAAGAUUGCAAACCACUUAUUUUUGGGUAACUGCAUAGAAGGUGAUGACAGUUCCUAGAGAGGAUUGCAAUAUGAGAACUGUAGAUUUAUACCUUUGAUGUUGGCUAAAGCAAUAAUCAUGGCGUCAGUUCUUGAGAGAGAGAGAACUUCUUGCCUUAUCAAUUGAAGAAACAUUUCAUCUGCUGCAGCAUUAACAACACUCUCAACACCAGGUUCCUCCUUUUCAGAUGGUGUUUGGGAAAUUGUUUGAUCAUGAAUAUCCAUUUUAGCUUUGGGUUAAUUGUUUUAAAGCAUGCCCAAGUGAUAAUAGCAUUGCAUAUUCACUCCUACACAGAGCUUCUGUGUAAAGUUUUAGUCUGUGUGUUUACUCCACAUUUGUCGAAGUAAUAUUUUCUAUAGAUACGUUUUAUGGAUUAAAACAAUUAUUGGAUUGCAAUGUUUUCUCAGUAUUCUCACGCAACUCCCUAUGAGUGGAACUGCUGUGCAUGUUUCCAAUCACACAGGUGCUUUAAAACAUUUUAAGAUGAAUUUCUGAACCAAAGUUGCAUCAUAUCUGUGACAGCAGCAGGCAGUAAACCUGAAUUAAUUAGUUUGUUCUUUUACCAAUUUCAACAGGAUAGCAGCUGAAAUGAACUCCGUUUGUUCCAAUAAAACCUAGUAGCUGCUUAAAGCAAUUACAUCUCAUCCUUGCUAAUGUGCAGUAUUUGUUAAAACUGAAUGUAUUCUCUGAAUAGCAAUUUCUAAAUAUUGCUGAUGCUUCCAUUUAAGAUCAAACAAGUAGGUGCUUGUAGAUAAAUAACUUCCAUUUCUUUUACCACACUUCAGUAAACAUUUAGUGUAUGCUAGUAUGAAGAUUGUGUAUUAAAAAAAAAUAGAACCAAGCAAUAUAAUGCAGAUGAUGUUUGGCUAAUUUUAAUUAAAAUGUUCUGCCUAAUUUAAACAAAUGAAAAGCUAGGAAUCUUUUGGACACUAGAAAGUAAUUCCUAGUUGUUAUUACUAAAAGUAAGUUAUUACGUUAUUAAAAUGGUUUUGAUGUUAAUAAUUUGUGCAGUAUAUUGUAGCUGCUGGAUGUGCAGGGAUGCUUUUAAGUGUAGACUUCCUAAGCAGAGAGACUUUGCAUGUGCAGAAAUGUCAAACUGUGAAUGUUGUGCAGGAACUGAGAUAGGUAUUCUUCUGUGGCAUGGAUGUGGAUACGCACAUAGUUGCAUGUGGGCUGGUUUUGCUUUUCCACAAAAGUAAAGCACAAAGCUCUUUACCUACAAAGCUACUAAAUAGAAUGUUGCCUUUCUGGGCUUUAUUUUUAAGCCCUCAUUUUGCUGAUGGUAAAGCAAGUUUUCCAUUUUUGAAAGUGAUGGCUCAUUCUAAUUCUGCAUCAAGAACAGCUCUAGAUGUUUUGGACUACAACUCCUAUCAGCCCCAGCCAUCAGGGCCAGGCAUGAAAGGAGUUGUAGUUGAAAACAUCCAGAAGGCACCAGGUUGGGGAAGGCUACUUUAGAACAUUAAACUUAGUAUAUAUAUAUAUUAUUUCCUUUAGUGAGCAAUCCUAUGGACCCUAGACAGAGUCCGGGAGCCAUGGGAUAGUUCAGAUUUCUGCAUACAAGGUGGGAGACAGCGCUCCGACCUCUUACUCAGGAACUUUACCCACUCUCAGGCGACCUUGGAGAGUGGGUAAAGGCGGUGGGCCGGGAGGGCCUAUCCCGAGGCUCCCCCAGCCUCCUUCCCGCCCCGCCCCUGCCCCUGCUCCAAUGCACCCCAGCUAGACGGGUGAAAAAGCCUGUCUGGCAAAAAUGCAGAGCAGGAAGAUUGUGGAGGUGAAAAUUGCCUCUGCUGGGCUUCCCGCUCUGCGCUGGAUGUUCGUAAACCAAGGGUGGAUCCUGUAGGAUUGCUCUCUUAUCUAAGGGUACAGACUUACACCUGCAAAUUAAUGUAAAGGACAAUGUUCCACUUACAUCUCUGAAUGUUAUUUGUUGACUAAUGUCUAGUAUUUUUGUUCUCUUUUAGAGAAUGGAUAUUGUUACCUUUCAAGCCCAUAUGAAUGAUUUCUUUAGGAUAUGUAGCUAUUCUUUCACAGUAACGACUUUAUUGUAAUAUGUUACAUUCUUAACUCACAACUAUUUUUUUAGCCAAUUGCCUUGCCUGUCCCCAUAUAUAUAUAUAUA